UCAACCUUUGCAAAAGCUUAGCUAUGACAGGCUUUAUCGCAUAUGGGCUGUGCCAUUGAACAGCUGUUCAUAUAAAAGUUGGUAUUUUCAGAAUAAUUUUAUUGACAAUACAAAUGUUAAUAUCAUAUGUUGUCUGAGCCACCAGGCUGCUGAAGUGGAGGGACCUUUCCCAUUUAUCUUGACUUCACCUUUUCGUACCGUUUUCAACGUUAUUCAAGAUGGCCCAGUGGUUCCAGCUGCAGCAGCUAGACUCCAAGUACCUGGAGCAGGUGGACCAGCUGUAUGAUGAUAAUUUCCCUAUGGAGAUCCGCCAGUACCUCAGUGCCUGGAUAGAGAGCCAUGACUGGGACAUGGUGGCCACCAGCGAUUCUCUUGCAGUGGUCCGUUUCCAUGACCUCCUGGCCCAGUUGGAUGUUCAGUACAGCCGCUUCGCCCUGGAGAACAACUUCCUGUUGCAACACAAUAUACGCAAGAUUAAACGCAACCUGCAGGACCACUUCCAGGAAGACCCUUUGCAGAUGGCCAUGAUAAUCUGUAACUGUCUCAAAGAGGAGAAGAAGAUCCUGGCCUCCAUCAUCAAAAAAGAGGAUAAUGUGGGGUCCACACCAAACAACAUGGUGUUGGAGAAACAGAAGGAGCUGGACAACAACGUUAAAGACCUGAGGAACCGAGUUCAGGUUUCAGAGCAUGAGAUUAAGUCACUGGAGGACCAACAGGAUGAACAUGACUUCAAGAAGAAGACACUGCAGAGCCGAGUGGAACAAGAGGUGAAUGGGAUGGCACAGUCACAGGCAGUAUGGAAAGAGCUCCGCGAAGAGGAGAUUGUAAUCAGAAAGAUGUUCAUCAAACUCAACAUAACCAGAGAGGUGGUGGUGAAUCAGAUUUCUGACAUCUUGUGCUUGGCCGAGCAGAUCCAGUUCAACCUGGUGACAGUGGAGGUACCUGAGUGGAAGCACAGACAGCAGAUAGCUUGCAUCGGUGGUCCGCCUAACGCCUGUUUGGACCAGCUACAAAUCUGGUUCACUGCUGUGGCAGAGGGCUUACAGCAGGUGCGUCAGCAGCUGAAGAUGCUCCAGGAGCUAGAACAGAAGUACACGUACGAGAAUGACCCCGUCACUCAGGGCAAAAGCGCUCUGGAGGAACGCGCUCUCGCCCUAUUCAAGUACCUCAUUGUCAAUUCUAUCGUGGUGGAGAGACAGCCCUGUAUGCCCACUCACCCUCAAAGACCCAUGGUGCUGAAGACUGGGGUGCAGUUCACUGUCAAAAUCAGACUCCUGGUGAAGCUCCAGGAGUUCAACUACCAGCUCAAAGUCAAAGCUGUGUUUGACAAGAACGUCACUGAGAAGAGCACAGUGAGAGGGGUCCGGAAAUUCAACAUCUUGGGAACCAACACUAAGGUUAUGAACAUGGAGGAGUCCAAUGGAAGCUUGGCAGCAGAAUUCAGACACCUGCAACUAAAGGAACAGAAAAUUACAGGCAACAGAUCAAAUGAGGGUCCUCUCAUAGUGACGGAGGAGCUCCACUCUAUUAGCUUUGAGACUCAACUCUGUCAGCCAGGACUCCAGGUCGAACUAGAGACAAUGUCCCUGCCCAUUGUGGUCAUCUCCAACAUUAGCCAGCUGCCCAGUGCCUGGGCCUCUGUCAUGUGGUACAACAUGCUGACCUGUGAGUCCAAGAAUCUGUCGUUCUUCCUGAGCCCUCCUCAGGCCACCUGGAACCAGUUGUCAAACGUGCUGAGCUGGCAGUUCUCCUCCAUAACCAAGCGAGGCCUCAAUGACGAGCAGCUGAGCAUGCUGGGAGACAAGCUCCUGGGUGGAGAAGCAGCCGGAAACCCUAAUGGGCUCAUCCCCUGGACCAAGUUCUGCAAGAAUGUGAAUGAGAAGAGCUUUCCCUUCUGGCUGUGGAUCGAGGGAAUACUGGACCUGAUCAAGAGACACCUGCUGUGUCUGUGGAAUGAUGGGUGUAUCAUGGGCUUUGUUAGCAAGGAGAGAGAGAAGGCCCUGCUGAAGGACAAGGAGCCUGGAACUUUCCUGCUGCGCUUCAGUGAGAGCAGCCGAGAGGGAGCCAUUACCUUCACCUGGGUGGAGGGCUCCAAUAAUGAUGUCCAUUUCCACACGGUGGAGCCCUACACUAAGAAGGAGCUGGCCGCCGUCACUUUUCCUGACAUCCUCCGCAACUACAAGGUGAUGGCUGCCGAGAACAUCCCUGAGAACCCUCUGCUCUACCUCUACCCCAACAUCCCCAAAGAGAGCGCCUUCACACGCUACUACAGCCGCCCCACAGAAGCUGCUGAGCCAAUGGAGUUGGAGAGUGCCUCUGAGGCUGGCUACAUUAAGACGGAGCUCAUCUCUGUGUCUGAAGUCCACCCCUCCAGACUACAGGACGCCAUGCUGCCCAUGAGUCCCGAAGUGUAUGGAGUGCUGACCAGGAUUAUUAACCCUGAUGAGAUUGAAAAUGUGAUGUGCACUCCCUUCCCAAACUAAUCUGCCCUCUUCAGGUGGUGCCCAGGAAAAAUUUGUGUAAGCUCCCGAGCCGAGUACCAAAGACACCACACAAAAAGGAUGACGUUUGCAAUAGAUUUGAAAGCACAACUGAAACUGUAUAUAUAUAUAUAUAUAUAUAUAUAUAUGUGUAGUCCUACGUUAUCGUUUUAUAUACACGCAUGAGGUUUUGGGGCUUUGAGUCCAGCUGUUUGUAAUAAGGAAUGUUACUCUACGCUACUUGUGGGACAGUGUAAUAUUUUGUGUAUGCAUAUGUAAUGUGAACAACAAAAAAGGGAUGCAGAAAGCUGCUCUUCACUUUGUAAAUAGAUACGAUUUUGUAGCAACUUAUAAUAAGGAAAAUGGUUCAGAUCAUUCCACAAAAUGAGUGCCCUUUGAUAUUUUAGUCAGAAAUGUUGCACCAAUAUUGAAUUUUAAAAGGCUGUUAUAUUAAAUUAAGUGGCCUUUUAUAUAGACCACAUGGAGACUUCAAUAAAUCAGAUGUUUAAUAUGGAUAAAGGCUUGCUAAAGUGCCAAAAUUCAUCAAAUAUAUCUAUAUUGUUUUGUGUACUUUUUACCCAUUUUUCUGCCCAAUUUAGUGAUGUCCAAUUGGUAGUCUUGUCCCAUCGCUGCAACUCCUGUUCGAACUCGGGAGAGGCGAAGGUCAAGAGCCAUGCGUCCGCCGAAACAUGACCCUGCUUCUUGACACAUUCUUGACACAUUGCUCGAUUUACCCAGAAGCCAGCUGCACCAAUGUGUCGAAGGAAACACCGCACAACUGGCGACCACCACAGGAGUCGCUAGAGCGCGAUGGGACAAGGACAUCACGUCCCAACAUUUCUCCAAGUUUCUCCAAGCCCUAGUUAUUUUGUUGCUUUGACAAAGUCAUUUCUGAAGAAUAUUUUUUUAUUUCAUGUGAGUAGUGAUUCAUUUGCAUCAGUCCCUCAUUUUAAGGUCAACCCUGUUACGUAAACUGAGCUCUCGUUUUAACAAUGACAUUUUUGGGGUGAAGCUUGCAUGCAAUUGCCACUCCCUGUAGCACACAACAAGCUGUCAUUUCCCCUGUCACAAGGGGAUUUAUGGCUGAUUUAAGAAAUCAUCAACCCUGUUACGGUCAACCCUGAUACUUUAUUUGGCACUGAUAGUUUUGAGAUGGGAAAACAUGUUUAUGAAGUUGAACAUGUGCUCUUUAUGACAGAAUGUGAAAAUUUGGUGAUAUCAAAUGUUUUCUUUGACCAAGUGUGACGGCCCCUCCCUGCUCUGGUUUAUGGGUUUUGCUGUGCUUACUUUCUGCAGGAGAUUGGUGGGUGGAGUAGGAGAGGUGGGCGGAGCUGGGAGGGUUGUCAGUGCUGAUUGGGGCACACCUGUGAAAGCUCAGCUGUGGCAUAAAGCCACUGUUUACCCCCACCAUUCAGCAAGAGAUUCCUCUCUCCGUGCAUACCUUUGGUUGUGGUGUUGUGGCUUUGGCAGUUGACACCUAAUUUACUGACCUUCAUGUCUCAUCUGAUUAUUUUUGUGAGUGUUUAUUUAUGGUAUAAAUUAAUUUUGUUAUUCCUUUACUCAGUGUGUGGUUUCCCAUUGUUUGUUACAAUCUUGAGCCAGGUUGUAACAAGUUAUACAGAAUUUGUGGAAUGACCCUUAUAUGGAAAGUACUUCUAAACUGUACUCACGACUGCCUGGACUUCAUUGUUUCAAUUCAUUAAAAAUCAGAGCUCUCUCA